UUGUUGACGGUGAACAUUUUGGUCUUCGUGGGUAUCAUCCUCUUCUCCGUCUACUGCAGGAUUCAGGACCGAUCCCAGGAGCUGGUGCAGAUCGUCCGAAGCGCAGAUCGCCGGGCUAGGAGCCGCGGUACCAAGGUGGGCAGCCUGACCGACAGGGAGUCCAUCCUGCAGCGCCUAGACCACCUGGAGGAAGUGGUUUACAACCAGCUAAAUGGUCUGGCAAAGCCCAUGGGAUUAGUUGAAGGUCCAGGAGGCUUGGGCCAGGGGGGAAUGGCUGCUACCCUGAGAGACGAUAGCCAUGAAUCAGAGACUAAGUAUGAAGAAUAUGGUUACAAUGCCCAGCUCAGUGACAGGAUAUCACUGGACAGGUCCAUCCCUGACUACAGACCAAAAAAGUGCAAACAGAUGACAUACCCAGAUGACCUGCCCCAGAUCUCUGUGGUCUUUAUAUUUGUCAACGAGGCACUCUCCGUCAUCCUGCGCUCUGUGCACAGCGUCGUGAAUCACACCCCAUCCCACUUGCUCAAAGAGAUCGUUCUGGUGGAUGACAACAGUGACAAUGUUGAGCUAAAAUUUAAUCUGGACCAGUAUGUCCAUAAGAGAUACCCGGGUCUGGUGAAAAUAGUGCGCAAUAACAAACGAGAAGGACUGAUUCGAGCCAGAAUCCAAGGCUGGAAAGCAGCAACCUCUCCUGUCGUCGGAUUCUUCGAUGCUCACGUUGAAUUCAACAUUGGCUGGGUGGAACCUGCACUUACCCGGAUCAAGGAAGAUCGAAAGCGGAUCAUCUUACCAGCAAUUGACAAUAUCAAGUACAACACUUUCGAAGUGCAGCAAUACGCCAACGCAGCCCACGGCUAUAACUGGGGCCUCUGGUGCAUGUACAUAAUCCCACCACAGGACUGGCUCGAUAAAGGAGAUGAGUCAGCUCCCAUCAGGACACCAGCCAUGAUUGGAUGCUCGUUUGUAGUAGACCGAGAGUAUUUUGGUGAGAUUGGCUUGCUUGACCCUGGUAUGGAGGUCUACGGAGGAGAAAAUAUCGAAUUAGGCAUGAGGGUGUGGCAGUGCGGAGGAAGCAUGGAGGUGUUGCCCUGUUCUCGCGUGGCACACAUUGAACGCACAAAGAAACCCUACAACAACGACAUUGAUUACUAUGCAAAGCGCAACGCCCUGCGGGCUGCUGAGGUCUGGAUGGAUGACUUCAAGUCGCACGUUUACAUGGCAUGGAACAUCCCCAUGGCAAACCCUGGAGUUGACUUUGGAGAUGUUUCUGAAAGAAUAGCUCUACGACAGCGACUGCAGUGCCGGAGUUUUAAGUGGUACUUGGAGAAUGUCUAUCCAGAAAUGAGGGUUUAUAACAAUACAGUCACUUAUGGAGAGGUGCGUAACAGCAAAGCUAGUGGCUACUGCUUAGAUCAGGGAGCCGAAGAGGAUGACAAAGCAAUCCUUUAUCCAUGCCAUGGAAUGUCCUCUCAG